AUGCUGGCAUCACCCCUCUCUCUCUCUCUCUCUCUCUCUCUCUCUCUCUCUCUCUCUCUUUCUCUCUCUCUCAUGUUCACUGUACGUGAUUACUCUCUCUCUCUCUCUCUCUCUCUCUCUCUUUCUUUCAUUCAGUCGUUAGAGUUUUCAAUCUUAUCAUUUUUGUAUGUUUUUUUCCGCUCUCAUUCUCCUUUUCGGAAAAUAUGUCGUUGUCAUUUCCAAUUUCUUUCUAUUUCCCUUAUUAACAUCAACAUUACUGCUGCUGUUGUUAUUUUCUUCAUUGCUGUUGCUACUUCACUCUCUCUCCUCUCUCUCUCCACUCUCUUCUUUCUCUCUCUACUCUCUUUUUCUCUCGCUACUCUCUCUCUCUCUUCCUCUCCCCUUCACCAAUUCUUGCUAAAGCGAGAGGUAAACUUGGCGCAUGCCGGAAGUUUUGUAAGCUUAGUUGCACCAACGAGUUUACGAAUCCCAGAAGUGAAUCUGCUUCUUCCGGCACACGUUAAUGUAUGCCUCUACUCGACCGCAUUCCGUUCAGCAUCCUCCUCCUCCUCCUCCUCCUCCUCUCUCUCUCUCUCUCUCUCUCUCUCUCUCUCUCUCUCUCUCUCUGAAAGAGACUGCUUUAAACGCUCACUGAAAGACAGGGAGAGGGAGAGAGAGAUGCUCCAAAAGCGUGGGAACGAAAGAAAUCUGCAUAAAAAGAACCCACUCUCGAUAUUGUCAAUUUCUUUCUCUCUCCCUCUCUUUUUCCUUCUCUCUCUCCCUCUCUUUUUCCUUCUCUCUCUCUCUCCUCUUUAUUUCCUUCUCUCUCUCUCUCCCCUCUUUAUUUCCUACUACAUUGUUCCUUACGUUAUUAUUUAA